AUGACUGGGAUAUGGAACGUCACCUCUCUUGUGGGGAAGGUGCCUGAACUAGUACAUGAGGUUGAGAGCUUCUGUCUAGAUAUAGCCAGGCUCACCUUAAUGCAUGGCUUAAGUUCUGGAAGCAGUCCCCUGGAACAAGAGGGUUUGUUCCCUGCACCUCUGGGUCGGGGAACGGGUCCUGACUGUUGUCCAACUUACCCGCUAAAAGGCAGUUCAGAAUACCCAGCCUUCUUGGAGUCCCAGGGUGGGGUGCUCAAGGGUGCUCCAGCUGGAAACUUUGUCAUCCUGCUGGAAGACUUCAACACUCAUGUGGGCAAUGACACUCUAACAGCAGUGAUAAAAACACAGCAGACUGUGCUGGCAGCAGUGGGAGAAGAUGCUGAAUUCAGCUGUCAGCUCUUGGAGACUAAAGAUGUCCUUCAGGUCACAUGGCAGAAAAUCUCACAAGAUGUGGAGACAAAUGUUGCCACCUACAACAAGUACUUUGGUCAGAGAGUGAAUGAUGGCUUUACAGAUAAAUUUAAGUUUAAAUAUACUGGACUACAAAACUGCUCCAUAGUCAUCAGGAAUGUGAUGCAGCAGGAUGAAGGCUGCUAUCACUGUCUGUUUAACACUUAUCCUGAAGGCUCUCUGACAGGUAGACCCUGCCUCCAAGUCUAUGAGCUGCAUGACCCUGUUGUUGAUGUCAGACAGUCAAACUCUACUGAAGAGUGGGUUGUUUCCUGUUCAGCCACUGGUCGACCUGCUCCCACUGUAACACUCAGUGUCUCACAACAACACCUCAACUUGUCACAGUACAACACUGUCAGUGUGUCCAACACCAACACUACAUUCACUGUCACCACUACAGCUGUGCUCUCAGGUUCACGUACACAGAGCACACAGGUGGGAUGUGCAGCACGAGUGCUCUCUGCUCCUCACAGAGAGGUGAUGGUGACGAUUCCUGAGGUCCAGGAGGAGUAUGACGACGAUGAUGAUUACGAUGAUGGUUAG